AUGCGGGGUGCUGGAAUCCUCCCUUCUGUCCAGCAGAAAUCGAAGGGCCAAACUCCUUCAUCCUCUGCAGACGCGCUUUCUCCGUCAUCUCUCCCUUCUCAUCUUGAGGAGGUUCGUACCAUCUUCAUUAUGGGUCUGCCUGUAGAUGUCAAAGAGAGAGAGCUGCAGAAUCUUCUGAGAUGGCUUCCAUGCUUUGAAGAUUCUCAUUUGAGUUAUAAAGGAGAAAAGCUUAAGGGUUUCACUCUCUUCUCAAAUGCAGAAUUUGCAGUUGCUGCCAAGGAUGCUCUCCAGAAAAUGGUUUUUGAUUCUAAGUUGAAGUCCCUUUUGCACAUUGAGAUGGCAAGGAAGAAUCUUGUUGUUAAAAGAGGUAUUAUUUCUAAUUCUGAUGCUCCUGUUCCUCCAGUACAACCAUUGCCAAAUCCAGCCUCUUUAGCAUCUCCAAGUAUUCAUGUGCCUUUUAAAUCUGGGAGUUGCGACGAAAAGUCAGCAGUUGAUGGUGUCCACGAUGGAACCAGGGAAUCUAUCACAAAGGAGUGCAAUGUUGAUAAGUAUGGAUGCUACACAUUAUUUGUUGAAAAUUUACCAGAGAAUAUCCAUUGGAAGAGGCUUGGAUCAUUUUUUUGCUCCCAUGGUCGGGUUAUUGAUGCUUUUAUUCCAAAUAAAAGAAAUGCAAAAGGAGUUCGUUUUGGUUUCAUUCGCUUCGCUUCAAUUGAAAGAAGCAAGGAGAUCGACCUCAAAAAAUGA